AUGAAGGCUGUUUAUUGGUUUUGCCUCUAUUCUACGUCAUUCUCUAGUCUUUGUUCUAUCUGGGUUUUAAUCAACCGCUUGCUGCCGCAGUCUCGCCUGAGAGUUUUCAAGCCUUGCAGCCGAUUUUGGACGUGCUUGACCAAAGGAUUUCACAGGUAUCUGCAGAAGCGGCCGCGGCACAGCGCAGAUAACCGUGCAGGCACCUCCACAGAGCUCGGCUUCGCUCUCUACGACUGCUACGUGACCGGCGAGUAUCAAGGCCGACCUCCCGCUUUUCCGAGGACGCGAUUCGGACGACCGGUUGACUGGGUCACGCAAAUAUCGAUCUUACUUCGUGACGAUGCGAUGCGCAGCUACAUCGCACAAAAAAAGGAGAUGAAGGAGCAAGGGAAAGUGUUGGACUGGGAUGGAAUGAAGCGAUGGCUCAAAGGAAAUCUUGCACGUUACAGCGAGAACUUUAGAACCCAUCUCCCUCCCGAUAUCGCUAGAGAUCUCCGUCGCGAGAAGCCAACCAAGCCGGAGGAGAUGUAUCAUGCCGCCCGCGAACUCGACCGACUUUCGAAUCUAUAUCGCGGCACGCAGAAUCAUGGCUCCUCACUAACAAAAAAGGCCAAGAACUUCUUUCGCAAAAACCCGCAGCGUUCUCCUGCCAUCCCUGAAUCAUUCACACCACCUGUCUCGAUAUCGACACCGCCCGCGGCAAGUACUGGGCCAGUGCCGAUGGAUCUCGAUGUGAUGCAGCCUAUGUCGAGGAAUAGUAGCGGGGCCAGGACCGAUUCCCAGUUGCAACCUUCGCGCUCUCGUCCAUGCCAAGAUUUACAUGCCUUCGAGAAUGCUCUGCUGUUCAAAGAUGCUCUGCCGGAGUCGACAGACAUCGAGGAUCAGCUCGGUUGUCCGGAACUGCACAAUCUUGUGAUUGGGAUUGCCGUAAAUGGCAUGAAACGGAUGCUAUCCUCGACACGGGAGCAGCGUGCUCUUAUAUCAAGCUUGAACUCGUUCGACAGAUUCGUGCAGAAGUUUUUCCCAUUGACACUCGCGUUAUAUUAG